AUGCGGUUGCUGGUGCUGCUCACACUAUUACCUUGGCUAUCUCUUGGGGAGGCGCCAGGAUGUACGGACGCUGAUCCGAAGUGUACGGAGUGGGCAGCACAGGGAGAAUGCUCUUCUAAUGCCGUUUGGAUGAUGGCCAACUGCCGAAAAUCUUGCCGCUCGUGCCAAGGAGGCGAGAAAGCCUGGAAACUCCGACAGCACAUCCAGGAAAACUACAAAAACGAUACCGAAAACGUGACCCGAGAAGUGCGCGUCGAAAGCGUGCGCAUCAACAACCUCGAAAUUGACGAGAAGAAGCAGAGCGUGCGCGUCUACGGCAGAAUGGUGCUGAGCUGGAACGACACGAAAAUCGCCUGGCCAAAGGAGAAGUGGGGGCUGUCGUGGCUGAACUUCUACUGGAUCCAGAUUUGGACCCCGCAAAUUGUGCAGAUCAACGGGGGUGGGAGCUCGUCUACCAGUGCCGGGAGCGUCACCAGCAAGGUGUUGGCCGCAAACUACACCGGACAAAUUUAUCUCUGGACGGAUUUUAUCUUUACCUCGCCCUACUCGUUCGUCUACGAGGAGUUCCCGACGGAUAUUCAGAGGGUGUGCUACAAAUUCGACGACAAGCGCCUGUUGGCGGCCAAGUUCUCGGUUGCAGAGGAGGUGCGGGACAAGGACAGGGAGGAGUUCACCGACACCCGGGUCACUGGAUGGCAGAUCGAGGGACUGGAGAUGAACGAAUCCCCCUACACCAUCACAACCCUCUCCGACUGGCACAAAAACCCCUUCGACAUCCAGGCGGCCAAUGCUGAGAUGUGCGUCACAUUGAGCCGAAACGCCGUCUACUUCGUCUCCGAGAUGUUGCUCCCCGCCCUCCUCACCUCGUUGUUCACCAUUUCCGCUCUGUCCUCGCGGCAAAUCAUGCUGCUGGCCUUCUCGAUCGUGUCGCAGUUGCUGUCGUUGCUGCUCGUUUCGCAGCGAUUGCCGUCGUUCACCACGCAUACGCCGACGAUAUUAAAAUUCGCGGGCUUCAACCUUGUAAUGACCGGCCUCCUCUUCGUCGCCUCCAUGAUCCUCGAGAAGCUGGCGUCCAGCCCAGCUGAAAUCCCGCCCCCACAUUGGGUGGAUCGGCUUGUCUCGAUCGUCAGCCUCGCCCUCCCCAUGCCAAAGUCGACAAAGCAUGAGGACGCCGCGCUCAAGUAUGCAGCCCCGGCUCAUGCUAUGAAUCAGGUGAUCUUCUUCGCCGCAACUACGCCGCCAACAGUGCCUCUCUCCAAAGAAAUCUUCCAUUCAUCCCUCAACCCG